AUGGCUUUCCAACAAUCCGCUGCACCGCGCCCUAUCGCCAUCAACAUAAACCCAUCUCAAGAGUCGUCGUCUCAAUCGCAAUUGCGACCGGCAGUCGAGGAUUCUCAAGAAUGGGUGCUCUUCUCACCCUCCCAGGCGGAGUCGACUGUCACCCGAACGCAAACGAGUCAUACGGUCGGGCUAUCAAGAACAAGCGAUAUCUCCCUCAAUACUGCGGGCAGGUCCGGUAGACAUGAAUCUUCAGUCCUGGAUGAGGAUGUCACAGAAGAUGGUGACCUUGACAGCCUCGACGACGGAUUGCAUGCUUUCCGCGAACAUCCUUUGUAUCCGACCGUUACCAAUCAGACGCCGGGUGCUGUUCUACCCGCACAUGACGGAUUGGGGACGUUUCCUGCGUCGAGCCCUCCCGUAUUGGAGCAGUUAUGGCAACACGAGGCUUACAACUCCAAGAGAAAGUAUGAUGGACAUCAUAGGCGCCCGUCCAGCGUUCAAAGGAGAUUAGACACUAUCGACGAGAUUGAGUUCCAGGCCAAAGAAGAGAAACGAAUGAGGAUAGAGAGAUGGCGCAUUGAGCAAAGUCAAGCAUUGAUAGAAGAGGUGGAAAAGGAGACUCGUCGCCGCCUGCGCAGGGACUCACGUCAGUCUGGCUAUCAUGACACCUUCGCUUCUCACAAUGAAGAUGUAUUGGGAUCGACACCAAAGCAGAGUGACUUUAUCUCCAAGUCUACACAAGAUCUUCAAGAUUAUGAACCAUUCUGGCGACGCAUCACCAGGAAGUUCAUCCGCGACGUCAUUGGCAUUGAUGAACCACUUCUUUCUGUGAUAUUUGGCGAAAGUCUCCCAGAGGACGCCGAGGCCAGCCCAGCAUCUUCGGGUGGUCUGCCCACGAUUCCCGAGCAGGUUUUGGAGGGCAGCAACAAUACAGAUGACGAUUCCUGGAGGGAUCGGCUCCUCCAACGCAUCGCUCGAGAACUGGGAGUUCUUGUCCAUCAACUUUCGCCUCAUCCUGGGGCUUUCACUGUUUACUCCCGAAGUCCUGACUACGCGGGCAUGCCGGUAUCCAUGCCUCAACCCACGUCUCCCACACCCCUGGCCUCAACUACUGGGAAUGCACAAACAAGAGACACUACAACCUCGAUGUUGACUCCCAACUUUCCACCUACUGUGCAAGACACGACCCACGCUGAGAGUUGGGGUUUCGAGGAAGAUCCUGUCUCUGUCGCAUCGCCACUUGAUUCAUCUGUGAACCUUCAGCGCGAGCGAGAAUACUGGGAACGAGAGCUCGACUUGAAGAUGGUUUUCAGAUAUUUGAGAGACAAGUUUGUCACAAGGCCCCCGACACAAUCGGCACAAGCGUUAGGACAAACUACGGAUGAUGCAGCAACGCGCGCCGCAAUCAUCCGUCAACAUCACCCUCUGGUUGCUCGGGCUCAGCGGUCUCCAGUGAGAAUACGACGAGAAUCCAGAACAAACAUCAGAAGACCUGCAAGCAGCUGUGCCAGCGAAAGCGUUCGGAGUAGCAGGAAGGCUUCUGUAGUGAGGAGUGGUUCAAGUCGGAAUUACUGGGACAUUGGCGGGAGUGUUGGGAGUGGAAGUAUACUGGCUUCAGGCGGCGCGUGGGGUGAAGUGUAG